AUGGAGUCCUGGCUCAAAAAUAUAUUAAUUGUGCUAUUACUCCCAUACUUUUUAUUAAAUAAUUUAAUCUCUGCCAAUACUGAAAAAGAAGUUUUUAUUUCUGAGACUGAAAUCAUUCCGGAAACCCUUUUCCAUGAAGUUAACAACUGGUGUGUGCAAGAAGGGCUUGUGACUUUAAAGCCACCAUAUACAAUCCAACGCUACGAACGCGUCAUACCUUACAAAAACUCUGAAGAAUUCAAAAGUAUGGAGCGCAGUGAAAAAGAAAACUGGUAUAUUCUUGACGAAUUAGAAGAAGGGAAGACGUAUGAGACGAGAGUAUCUUAUGCUUCAACAUUUCCCACAAUUUUCGUGUUAAAUAUAAUGGAUUUCAAAGAGGUAAUGAAAAUCAUACUAAAAAAAAACGCGACAGAUGACGAACAGACUUCUCAUUCAAAGUUGAGCACUACAAAAAAAUUUCUCCGAGUGAGAGCAAUUUAUGAUGUAUUGGAAACGCUUGUAUACGGAGUUCCACGAGUGGCGUUCAACUUAAUAUUUGUUUUGGCUAUCGUUAUAGGAAUAGCUAAUUUUAUAUUUGUGCCAAAGAUAUAUAAAGCUUUGCGGAAUAUUAUAGAAGAAAAAGAUAAAAAAGAAUAG